AUGGUAUGAUAUUGAUUUAUAAUUUAGGUUAUUCAAGUAAAGAGUUUAAAUCUUUAAGAUCAUCCUCUAUAUUAAAAGUUAGUAAAACAAUAUUCGUAUGUAUUUAACUUGAUGUUUAAUACAUUUGCUACAAUUACUGACACAAAGAAGAGUGAAAGUUCCAUUGAUCAAGAUUUUUUUCAAAAUUUAUUCGCUUAAUUAAUCUGA